UCGGACAAAACCCAUGCCCCCCUAACCAGUCGUACUCUGACCAGGCUUCGAAAAACUUCGAGAUCACCGAGUUUCUCGGGAAUCGAGGGGUCAAGAGCCUAAUCAGGUCCCCUCACCAUACCUUGUUGAUAAGAAGUUAAGUGUUUACCAGUGGUUGCGCUUAACCAGAUCCAAAAGGGGAGAGGGUUGAAAUCCUUUUGUUUUUGGGUGAGCUUUAUGGGUUGUAAUUGGGCUACUUCAUGGGUCAGAAUGGGCUAUAAAAAAUAAUGGGUUAACUUAGGUUCAACCCAAAUAGACUCAUGAGCUAAAAUGUUAUAGCCCAACCCAUUAAUCUCUGAACGGGUUGGAUGGGUUUGGACUAAAAUUGUCACCCCUAAUGGAUAUCUUUAUUCGGCACUCGAGAGUAUGACUUAUUGAUUAAUGAAAUGGGAGGAGAACUAUGAAAUAGUAUCAAAUUCGGAAGCAAAAAAUGCUAGCUGAUUUCCUUUGAUCAAACCUUAAUGGCAGACAAACUUGGUACAUGUUAGAAUGUAGUAGGUACCCGUAGUCAAGUUGUGCACAUAGUCGAGAUGUGCAUGACACCACUAUCAUUAAUUUUUUUUAUUCUUGGUACUUUGGCUUUUGUCCUUUAUCCCUUUGUGCAUAUAGUAUGCUGCUCUGGGAGAUUUCUUCAUUACCCUCAAUAUAAUCCUAAUUGUCUGUUACAUAGAGAGCUGCCAAGUCAUUUUGUUCCUUGUUGAAUCCGGAAAAAAAAAAUUGCAACGAAUUAUUUACCAGAUGUUCUUGGUCAAAGGGAACUUAAUUUACUUUUUGUCAUAAAUUGUACCUUUAUGUCAAAUAACAAUCAAUGGUCGUGUGAAUUAUGUAAGUAUAAUAGUAUAUUUCACUUCAUACUUAUACGAUAGAUUACAUUAGUGGCGGACCCAAGAUUUUGUGCAAGCGGGUUCAAUCUUAGAAGUAUAUAAAUUUAGUCGUAAAAUAGUAGUUGUCAAGUGGGUUCAAAUAAAAUAUUUAUGCAAAAUUUACACAGCUUUAAUCAUAAUUUAUACAUAUACACAAUAUUAUUUUCUUGUGAAGCGGGUUCAGUUGAACCCGCUAGCCACCACUUGGGUCCGCCACUGGAUUACAUCGAGAAUAUAUACACAAGCUAGACACAUAAGUCAACAAUGCAUCACUGAGAUCACGCGUUCUACCUACAAUCUUUGAGUAUCUAUCUGACAUACAAUCUAAUAUUGAAAUACUCUCUGACGGGAACAUAGGUGGGGUAGGGUUGCAUUUUAGAAAGUGCACAAUUGAGUUUCCAUAUGUUUUGGGAUGUUUGGCCUGGCUUUCUUGCAAAUGCGUACUGAGGAUAUGGUGAUGUAAGACAAUAUCUUCCAAUGUUGAGCCAUUUUGAAUAGAAAAACCAGAGUCAAUUUUUUUACAAGUGAAGAAAGUUUCAUUAUUGAAGUACCAAGAAGGUACUACAAGACAAGAGGGGCUCUGAGCAUCCUCCACUUCCAACCAAGAGGUUGUGAGUUCGAGUCACCUCAAGAGCAAGGUGGGGAGUUUUUGGAGGGAGGGAGCCGAGGGUCUAUCGGAAAUAAGCUCUCUACCCCAGGGUAGGGGUAAGGUCUGCGUACACAUUACCUUCCCCAGACCCCACUAGUGGAUUAUACUCGGUGGUUGUUGUUGCAAGAAGGUACUACAAAAUACAAAGAGAAAGAGUUGCAAUAUUACUAUCACUGAUUCAUCCCCAGAAACUCCAAAAAAAUCAACAUAUCGAGACAAAUUUUCUAUCAUGUUGUUCCUACACCAGAAAUAUAGACUUUGAAGGCAUCUAUUUUUAACAAAAGACAUUGUGUUGUUUUUAUCCUUUAAAGCAUCUCCUAUGAUGCGGAAGGGAAUUGUUUUAUGGAGUUGUUUCCCUCUUUUGUCAACCCUCUGACUCUGCCAGCUCUCCAGUAAAUCUUUCACACUGUGAGGCAUCACCCAGUGCACAUUGCAGAUUUGAGAAAAAGUUCCAAAUCCGUCUUGUUUUGCAUGGCUAAUAGUUUCCUGAGCUUCUUCACAAAACCCCAACACCUACUGCAAGGGAGAUGCUCUCUUCUGUCCUCGGUUUCUAAUUUCUUCCGGAGCUGAGUCCAUCAGUGUUCUGCGAAAUGGAGAGUAAAACAAAGAAAGAUUCAGAAUCGAUCAAUUCAAAUUCGAGGAGCAACAGUAGCCACAAGAGAGAAAGGGGUUUGCAGAUUGAAGGAUACUCACUAGAAGGUAUAUCAAUAGCAGGUCAUGAGACGUGCAUAAUAGUUCCCACGCUUAACUUAGCCUUUGAUAUUGGCAAGUGCCCUCAGCGUGCCAUCUCCCAGCAAUUCCUUUUCAUCUCUCAUGGCCACAUGGACCACAUUGGAGGACUACCUAUGUAUGUUGCGACUCGUGGCCUUUACAGAAUGAAACCUCCUACUAUUAUUGUACCAAAAGUUAUCAAAGAAAGUGUUGAGAAGCUUUUUGAAGCUCACCGAGCUAUGGAUCACUCUGAACUGAACCAUACUUUGAUUGGUUUGGAUGUGGGAGAAGAAUUCUACAUUAGAAAGGAUCUUAAAGUUAGAGCAUUCAAGACUUACCAUGUCAUUCCUAGCCAGGGUUAUAUGGUAUAUUCAGUGAAGCAGAAGCUUAAGCAAGAAUAUGUGGGCCUUCCAGGAGAUGAAAUUAAGAAGUUAAAGUUAUCAGGUGUGGAGAUCACAUACACUACAACAGCACCUGAAAUUGCAUUUACAGGAGAUACAAUGUCAGACUUCAUUAAGGAUUCUGAAAAUGUUGAUGUUUUGAGGGCAAAAAUCCUCAUAAUGGAGAGCACUUAUGUAGAGGACAAAACAACAGCUGAUAACGCAAGAGAAUAUGGACAUACUCAUCUGUCUGAGAUCAUCAAUUUCGCCGACAGGUUUCAGAACAAAGCAAUCCUUUUAAUCCACUUUUCAGCCCGCUAUCAGUUGGAUGUUAUUCAGGAGGCUAUGUCUGCAAUACCUCCGCCUUUAGCAGGCAGAGUUUUUGCCCUUACAGAAGGUUUUUGAUGCAAAGCCAAAUUCACGUAUUAGCUACUUUAGAAUCUCUCCUUUUAUCUAGUUCAAUCAGAUUUAUAUUUAACCUUUAUUUGGUGAAAAUAUUGUAUCUUAUUUUACUUGAAUCUUUAUUUGAAAUGUCUCGAUAUUGAUUAAUUUUUUUUAAAAGGGGGAAAUUAGCCAUUA